CCGUUUCGCGCCGUGACACUGACAUCCAUACUAUCGCUGCUGGAUGAUCCAUGGACGGGCACAGCCGGCGAGACGUCUUCUCCCUCUUCCUUCGCACUUGAGCUGAUCAAGGACUCGAUACUCCCAAGAACUUGUGGCCAUAUUCUUAAUUUCUCCGAUCUCCACCCUCAAAAAUGUCCAGGAUGAACAGGGCGGGGCGCUUCGUCAGAAGACAGGACGAUGGCGGCGGAAUGGACAUGGACAUGACAAUGGGCAGCAUGUCCAUGGGAGGGCUGCCAAAACUGCUCGACUUCCCAUCCUUCUAUUGGGCUGUUGUGGGAACCGCGAUCGGCAUCGCAACUCUUGUCAACCUGUCUAACUCUAUCAUAUACCGUCAGAGGCUUUCAGCUGCCAGCAAUGGCGACGCAAGACCCGCAAAGCCAAAAACGCUUCUCUCCAGAACGUAUGCGACCAUCACUGCGAUAACGCGAGAGGCGUCGAAUGCCUCAGUACGAAUUCCCUUUAAAGGACGCGCUUUUAAGCUACCAACGGUUGGCCGGACCAGCUUGGUAGUCGGCAAUGUCGUGCUUCUUGUUGUUCUGUCAUUUUACGGACUCGAUGUUAGAGACCGAUGGAAGUACGAAGAUAUUGGCUACCGGAUCGGAUUUGUGAACAUGGCCCAGCUCCCGUUGAUUUUCUUGCUAGCCGGGAAAAACAACAUUAUCGGAUUCCUCUCUGGAAUUAGCCAUGAGAGACUGAACUGGCUGCACCGCUGGACUGCCCGAUGUCUUCUUCUCACCACCACGAUCCACAUGGGCUACUUCUUUGCAGAUUGGGCGCCGUACGAUUACAUCAUCCCUCAGAUCAGAUCAGCCCCCUUGGUGAAGGAGGGAGUGAUUGCUUGGGCUGUCCUGCUCUGGAUGGUCAUCAGCUCCAUGACGCCGAUCCGCGGGUUGUACUAUGAGGUGUUUGUAAUUCAGCAUCUAGCGUCGUUCGCUGUGUUCCUCUACUUUGUGUACAAACACACGCCUGCAGAGGUCCACGUCUACAUUUGGAUCCCCAUUGGAGUCUUCGCUUUCGACCGUGUGACACGGGGUUUAUAUGUAAUAUACACAAACGUGUCCCUCUUUCACCCCAAGCAACGGCAAGCUGGGCAGAUGUCUGGACUUUGGGCGUGCAAAGCGGAAUUUACGCCGCUUGCACACGAUACCACGAGGAUCACUAUCAACAACCCACCGAUUAGCUGGUCACCUGGCCAGCACGUUUUCCUGUCCUGCCACUCAAUCGUUCCACUUCAAAGCCAUCCCUUUACCGUUGCCUCGAUCCCAGAGGACGGCAAGAUGGAAUUCCUCGUAAAGGCGGAGAAAGGCGGAACCAGACGAUUCUUCAAGCACGCGGAGAAGCUGAGCGGGCUGCCAAGUGCGUCUCCAAAUUCCAAGCCCAAAUUAAGGAGUGUUGCUAUCGAAGGGCCAUAUGGUUGCCUUCGACCACUUCGACAAUUCGACAGCGUGGUGCUACUAGCCGGUAGCACCGGAGCAACUUUCACCGUCCCGUUGCUUCGGGAUAUUGUCCAGGGGUGGAAAGAAGUCGCAACAUCGACCAAUCAGAAGUCGUCGAUAUUCAGUAAACCAAAGGGUGCUGUAACACGACACAUCCGCUUCGUGUGGGUUGUCAAGUCUCGGGGCCAGCUUGGCUGGUUUGCCGACCAGCUCUCGGGCGUCUUCGAAGACAUCGAGAACCUCAAGUCCCAAGUCAAGGGGCUGGAUGUAGACAUGACUAUCUACGUCACUUGCGACAACUCAUUCACGGAAGAGCACAAAUCUCUCCUUUCAUCUGUCAGAGCCCCAGCUAAAACAAACUUCCGAGGUGCUGUAGAGAUGGUGGAUGGUGACCCAGACGAGAAGUCCGGCAAAAAGUACGAAGAGACGUAUGAUGCUCGAGAAGUCGGCUCUGAAGACUCGUCGCUCAGGAAAACCACACCACAGACGUCCUGCGGGCCAGACGGCGAAUGCUGCUGCAGGGACACCGUCGAAAGCGAAGAUGCAAUCGGUCCCGCGACCUGCUGCUGUUGCUCCUCAUCCCCUGCCACCAUGGAUCGCGCGCUAUCAGCGGUAUCGUCAAGCACUAAGGGGUCAGCAAAGCAAAUGCUUCACCCCGACAUUGUCGUCAUCAGCGGCCGGCCGCAGUGCCACAGCGUGAUUUGGAAGACGCUAGAGCAGGCGCUGGGCGAGAGCGCGGUAGUCGUUUGUGGGCCACAAGGCCUUGUAGCUGAUGUCAAACAGAGCGUGGUGGCCUUGAGCGAUGAGCGGGCGGUGCACAAGGGUACGGGGGCACAGGGGAUAUAUUUGCAUACUGAGUCUUUUGGAUAUUGAUGCAGGGUUGAUGGGACUGAUGUUCUAGGCGUUUGGGGUUUCGCUCAAAGCAUUAGGCGGCGUUGUUGCAUCUUGGGAUACGAAGAAUAGCGGCGGUCGAUAGACGCCGAGACUUGCGUUAUGAUAUCCGUUACGUGAAUAUGAACAACAGCUUCUCUAUUUAGAAAUUUAAGAAACUUGUUGCAGAAGCCUACCAC